AAUAAUCAACAUUUUUCAACUAGCAAUCAAUCACUUGUAGUGAAUGCAAAUUGCAAUUUACGAAUUUCAGUAGCGAAGUAUUCACAUGAAUUGUUAUUAUUGACUGUUUUGUAGCUUUUCUAUUCGUUUUGCAAUAUUUAAGUAGUGUCUUGCAUUCGCAGUAACUAGAACUUGGAAUCAUAAAAUUGAUCUUUGGCUUGAUACAAUUACUUUUUGCAGCUUGCACUGUGCAUUCGUGUGUGCAAUGUAAUGUGAUCUAGAAAUCUUCCUGUUUUAUGUAGUAUCCGUCUACGAUCAUGAAAUCAAGUAAGCGUAGGCUACAGGCGCUUACUGAAGGCUCUGAUGGAAUGCCAAAUUAUCUUAAAAUGGAAGACUCCGAAACAUCGAUACCCCCUGUUUUUAGAUCUCGGUUACACGAACUAUUUUCGCAAAUAGAAAAAGAGUUUGACCUUCUGUAUACUGAAAACUUAAACUUGCAAGAGAAAAUAGACAUACUGAGCGAGAAGUUAGAACGUGAAAGCUAUGUUGGAGAUAAACAAAACAUUGACUAUAUUGAAUUUGAAACUACAGGAAAAAGCUCAAAAGUAAAAUUGUCUCAAAAUAACUCUCAAAAGGUGAAGACAAGUCACAAACUGAAGGUUCAAACCAGUAAAAUAGUAUCUAGUUUUAAGGCACCUACAUACAACUGCCAGCUGAUUCGAGAGUUCACAGGACAUAAGGAUGGUAUCUGGGAUCUUUCCACUGCCCGCCCUGGCCAAGCUUUAAUUGGGACUGCUUCUGCAGAUCACACAGCUUGUGUAUGGAGUGUAGAAUGGGCCAAAUGCCUUCUGCAAUACACUGGGCACUCUGGUUCAGUAAACUCCAUCAGGUUUCAUCCAACAAGAGAUAUUGCUCUCACCAGUAGUGGUGACAAUACUGCUCAUGUGUGGCAGGCUGCUGUUAAUUGGGAUUUACCGCGUGGUCAGUCUUCCGAAGAGGAACUAGACGGGGGCGGAGAAGAAAGCUUAGGUGAUGGCGAUAGGCCGGAAGUGCUUCGAACUCCUCUCACAGAACUUACUGGUCACUUGGGCGUUGUGGUUGCAGCUGAUUGGCUGACCGGCGGUGAUCACGUCAUAACCGCCUCCUGGGAUAGGACAGCUAACUUGUAUGACGUUGAGACUGGGGACUGUUUGCAGAUAUUAACAGGUCACGAUCACGAGCUGACGCACGCGUCGGCGCACCACAGCGCGCGGCUCGUGGUGACCGCGUCGCGCGACACUACCUUCCGCCUGUGGGACUUCCGCGAGCCCAUACACUCCGUCUCCGUCUUCCAGGGGCACACUGAGAGUGUGACUUCCGCAGUAUUCACUCGCGAAGAUAAAGUCGUCUCUGGAUCAGACGAUCGAUCUGUCAAGGUGUGGGACGUACGUAACAUGCGCUCAGCGCUAGCGACGAUCCGCUCCGACUCGUCGGUGAACCGCGUGGCCGUGAGCGGCAGCGGCCUCAUCGCGAUCCCGCACGACAACCGCCAAGUGCGCCUCUUCGACUUACAGGGCCAGCGCCUGGCGAGACUGCCCCGCUCCAGUCGGCAGGGUCACCGUCGAAUGGUAACAUCGGUGGCGUGGGCCGAGGACAUAGGGUCCAGCAUCAACUUCUUUAGCUGCGGCUUCGACCGCCGCAUCCUCGGCUGGUCCAUCCAACCAUCUAAAGACAACUGAUUCACUGCCUCACGCACCUAGGUAUCGUAAAUUCUGAUAUUCUAAAAAGUGUCUUAUACACCUGUAAAGCGGCCCCAAAACUAUCAGGCUAACUUAAACUAUUUUGCUACAUUAUGCGGAUUAACUGGACAUUUGAAUAUGUAUCAAAAAUUAGAGUGUUUUGAAUUGCUUAGACUGGACGACACAAUAUACGAAAUUUCCGUAUUGAUGGGUAAUAAUAAUUGGACUAUAUGCCAUAGUCUGAAUAGAUAAGGCAAUCCAAUUGAAGCAAAAGCGAAUAGAUAAAUAAUAAUUACUUUGAUAAUGGUUUUUUUCUGUUUUAUUGUUAAUGUGGGUGUGUAAACUCGAUGGGAAAAAAAAUCUGACAGAUUCCCAACAAGUUACACUAUGACAUAGCUGGGUGUGAUUCAUUGGGAACCCACCUUUCAUUUUAGGAAAUAAUAAUUUAGUUCUAGUUUCAGUUAUUUUAAUUUCUAAUUCAAGAUAGACACUUCCUUUACUUAAGUUAUUGCUGCUUCUGUACAGAUUUUUUUGCAGAUUGAUUAGUUUAUAUCUCAUGGCUGUAAACUAGUCUAGUCUGUCUAGUAAACAAUAAAUCGUUUCGGGACCGCUUUAUAUUUAUACUGACUAAAUUAAUUUUGUAUCUAGAAUUUUUAAUCCAUACUAACAUUAUAAAAUAUGAUAGUGUAUCAGUCUGUCUGUCUGUAUGUUCAAUUCGCCACCCAUCCGCUUAACCUAUUUUGAGUGUAGUGUAUCAGAGAUAGCUUGCAUCCCAGAGACGGACGGAUAAGCCACUUUUUAUCUCGGAAAAUUAGAGUUCCUUUGGCAAAACCUACAACCAGGCAAGCGAAAUCGUGGGCGUUAUCAAGUAAUGUAUAAUUAAGCAUUUUUAUUUAAAUAAAAUUAUUGUUACUAUCCAAAUUAUAAAUUAAGUACUAUCUUUUCUGGUAUAAUUAUUAUUAUCGCCAUUUUUAAAUAUGUAUUACUAAAUUACGCCUGCGACUUUGCCCGUGAUUUAGAUUUUUUUAAAUCUCUGAUUUUCUGGGAUAAAAAGUAGCCCAAGUCCGUUUCCGGGAUGCAAGUUAUCCCUGAUAGGUAUACUUUCGCAUAAUAAUAUUAGUAUGGAUAUAAUUAGGGCCAAUUUUUUAAUCACCAAAUAAUCUUUAAAAUAUUAUAUUUUCGUUUUGACAGUAUGUACACAAAAUCUUUCAUAUUGAUUAGAUUAAAGGUACCAUGAUCAAUUCAGCCAUAAGGGUGAGCUAUCAAUUCAAAACUUUGGACCAAAUUUUUUCAGUCAAAGUAAUUUACUCCUCAGUUACAGAUAAUUUGGCAGUUAAAAAGUCGGCCAAUAAAUAAUAUUUUUUGUCUUUAUUUUAAUUUUUCUCUUAGUUAGCUAUAUGUUUACCCUUCUUAGCAAUCCAUAUCAAUAGGUAAUUAAAAGAUUAUAUAAUAAUUAAAGAGUAGAAUUGGUGUAUUUGUACAUUACCAUUAAAAACCAUUAUGUAUAUUUUUUUUACCUUUUCACGAUAAUAUAUAGGCACAGCUUAAUACUGCCGAGUAUGUUGCUGGUUCUAUACACUAUGAUGUAAUUUUAAAAAAAAACUGCAUUAGACUUAUUUUCAAAAAACAUAAAAAUUUAAAACUCUGGUGAGUGAGUUAUAUUGUCGACUAUCAACUCGUCUUAAUCGCAUAGUACACUAAUAUAUUCUAUUUUUAGUAGCUGUGUGUAUAGAAACGGAAUCAGAGAGAAUAUGAUGUUAAUAAUUAUAAAUGUUUAAGAUAGAAUCAAUAUUCCUAGAGACUUUAAAUGUGUUUUUACGUGAUAAUGUGGCUAAUUCUGUACAAUAACUUCUCUACAAAUUGUAUACAAUUUGUAGAGAAGUUGUGUUGAAUUUGUGGCACCAGCCACAGUUUAUAAAGCGAAUUUACAAGCAAACACUUAUUUUACUUAAUCUCUGCUUUUAGGAAGUUGUAUCUUUUUGAAUAGAGUCGAAUGACCGAAUUGAAUUUGCACUAAGUGUUGUGGAAAAAGAAUUAAUUUGUUGGAUUUUAGGAGUUUAUUUCUAAUGUUAAUAUUUAAUUAUUUAUUAAUGUAUUAGUUUGGGAUCUGGUGUUAAAUAACUUAAAAUGUUGGAUUUGGAGUUUUUUAGGUAUAAUUUAUACUAUAGGCAAAUUAAUUUAGAUUAAAAAGUUUGCUAACUAGAACAAUUAUGAAAUUCGAACAAAAGAUCUGUGAACGGUUUUUUCCUUACUAAGGCCUCAUUCGCACGAGAGCUUUUUUUAACGUCUAAAAAGCGUUCAAAUAGAACAAAUGCAUUUCCAAGUAUCUGUUCAGACGUCAACGCUUUUUUAACGCUCACUUUGUAUUUUCAGUGCAACGCCGGAUUUUAACGCAGCGCUUUUUUAACGCUCGUGCGAAUUAGGACUUAGUGACAAAAAAGUCACCAAGGUUUGAGUGUGCAGCCUCAUUACAGUACUUGAAGCUACAUAGCGGCCGCGUUAUGAGGUUUCACUUUCCUAAGAAAAUCCUUGCUUCAACUCAUUGAAAACUAGGUCUACUGGGAAUGAUAACUGUUUUUGGGGCCAUUACAUUUCAUGUACUGACCUCUACUAAGUUAUACAAGUACGCUGGACCUGCGAUUGCCGACAUUUUUUUUUGAAGCAGCAGCAAUCCAAUCGGUAUUAAGAGCGCCACCUCGCUAACAAACUGGCCUACCAGUUUGGCGUGUUAGUAAUGUUAAGAACCUUGUAGAAUUAAUAUGAAUAAUUAAAUUUAAAAAUAUAUAUUAUUAUUGUCAUUUUGUAUGGCACACCUCUUCCAGCGUACUUAUAUUGUAUAUAUAUUAUGCCCAUUUCAGUGGUGGCGUGCGUGUGAAAAGCUUACUGAACUGACUGGUUUUCUCAUAUAAAUAAAAUAUAUCUUAUGCAUCACAGUUAAACAUAUCUUUAGAUAAACCAGUUUGUAAUAAUUGUAUAAAAUAUUUUUUCCUAGUCAAGCAUGGCAAUGGAAGCUAACAUGUUAAAUAGUGACUUAGGUUUAUUUGUAGUUAAACGGCAUAAUAAAUAAUGUAAAAAAUGUAAAUAAAUGAUUUUGAAUUAUUAUCGAUAUUUCGGCCUAACCACGAUCCACGACUAGUGCAACUCGGUCAAAAUAUCGAUAACUGCAACGUAUCGCUACUAUACCCUAUCUGCGGAAUGAAGUUAGUAUAUCUCUCUCACUCUAUUUGGCAUUAUGUAAUAGAGAGAGCGCUAUACUAACUUAUCCGCGAGUACCAAUCGGCGCGGGUAAAAUAGGCCCAUUCUAUCUUAUGAGCUCUCACAUAAAGAGACCUGGUACAAGAUAACAUAGUGCUAGUUUACCUGCACCGAGCGAUAUCAACCUGUCGUACCGGCAACCUUGCUCUUUAUGUGAGCACCCUAACCCUAGUUGUUAAAGUAGCCAAGGGUUAAUAAUAAAUUAGUCAUUGAAUACAAUUUAAAAAAAAUGUAAUCUGUAUUAUUACAAAACUAUUCGUGUUAUAUCAUGUAGGUAAUGUUGAAAAAAGUUUAAUUAGAAUUUAUUCUAGUAAGUAAUUAAUUUAGCAAGUGUUGAUUAUUAUUUA